UCGUUGCCUACGCGGAGGAACGGUUCCCUCGCGUUUAAGUGCUCGUCAAUUUAAGAAAAUCACCUCCGUUGCCCUUACUUCUCUCUCUCUCUCUCUCUCUCUCUCUCUCUAUCCCUUGAGGCGGUAGCCCUAGAUCCAGCCCAGCUUGCUUGCAGGAAGUGUUGCUUGGGCGCGAAGUCACGAAACUCGUAUUCUUUCAUCAUCAUCAUUACUUCUCCUCCUCCUCCUCCUCCUCCUCCUCCUCCUCCUUAUUUUAUUCUGAUUGUCCUCCUCGUUCUCUCGCUCUCUCGCUCUAAUUCGAUUUGCAGGAGCCGUAGAUCCACAAUAUUAAAGGAUUGUGGCAGUCUGUUCUAGCCAAGCUUGCAUACAUUGAUUUAAUUACUUUGCACUUAUAAAAAUGUCAAGUAAGAAAGAAGAGAAAGCUCAGGCUGCAGCUGAUAGGAUCAAGGCUGCAGCCUUGACAGCUGCAAAAGGUCUUAGUCGUGCUCAGGCUGAAAGAGCAGCAGCAGCUGCUGCCAGAAAUGUCAAUGCAUAUGGGCAGAAGGAAGAAGGGCCUAGCAGAUGGCAGGAGAGGAAGGAAGCAAAGCGACAAAUGUAUUUGAUGAGUACUGAAAAGCAAGUAAAAUUGGGUGAAAGAAAAGAUCUUAAGCCCUCUAUGUCAACCAUUGGUGGCACAUCUGCACAAUGUCAAAAGUGUUUCCAAACUGGGCACUGGACAUAUGAGUGCAAGAAUGAACGGGUUUACAUCUCACGCCCCUCUCGAACUCAGCAGCUCAAAAAUCCCAAAUUGAGGAUGAAACUCUCAAUUUCAUAUGAUUUGGACAAUCCUGAUGCAGUGGAGGCUGGGAAGGCUGAAAAACAUGCUAAAAAAAGUAAAAGAAAGCAUCGAUCGGAUUCUGGUUCUGGUAGUGACAGUGAGGCAUCAGUAUUUGAGACUAGUGUAUCUUCAUCGGGAACAGAUUCUUCCUCAGUGGAGACUAGUUUGAGUUACAGUUCAUCAUCUGAUUCAGAGGGAGAGAGGAGGAGGAGAAGGAAGAAGAAGAAGAAGCAAAAGAAGAGCAGGCGCCGUAGAUACAGUUCAACUUCUGAGUCCUCUGAUUCAGACUCUGCAUCUGAAUCUGAUUCUGAUGAUAGGAGCAGCCGGAGGAAGAGCAGAAGGCACAGCAGAAGGCGUUAAAGAAAAAAGUUGAUGAGCAAAGUGUUUCUAGUGGUAUAGUAUUUCUUUUUUCGUGUUUUGAGCGAGGUACCUCCGCAAGCUCCGUACAAGUCUUCAUUGAGUUUACUCAGUGUCCAGUUGUGGAGAUUACUAUGAGAAGGUCUUGGACAUGUUGCCAAUUGGCCUUUCACAAUAAAGAGAUGUUAUAUUUUCAUUCCCUUUUUCUACCAGUUAUGUUUUGAAUGUAAUAAUCAAUAUAUACUUUAGCUUUUUAUAUUAAUCUUAUUUCUGACA